CGCGGCGGGCGAUGGCGCUGCCGUUGCAGCCGUCACUGCCCCUGCCCCUGUCCCUGCCCGCGGCCGCGGCGGCGCUGGCGGCCCUCGCCGCCCUCCUCCUCGUCCUGAUUUGUGCAAUUGCUCAUGUAACUGCCAAAAAAAUGCCAACCCUUCACCGACACGAAGAAGAGAAAUUCUUCGUAAACGCUGAAGGCAGGAAAGAACCUCUACCAAGUGUACAUGAUCCCCCUACAAGGGAACUCUCUGUUGUUGUGCCUUCAUACAAUGAGGAAGACCGGUUACCUCUUAUGAUGGAUGAAGCUUUGGAUUAUCUAGAAAAAAGACAGAAACGAGAUCCUUCAUUCACUUAUGAAGUGAUAGUGGUUAAUGAUGGUAGUAAAGAUCAAACUACAAAGGUUGCAAUGCAGUACUGCAAGAAAUAUGGAAGCGACAAAGUGCGAGUGCUUUCUUUGGUAAAAAAUCGAGGGAAAGGAGGAGCAGUCAGGAUGGGUGUCUUUAGUUCUCGGGGGAAAAAAAUUCUUAUGGCUGAUGCAGAUGGAGCUACAAAAUUUGCAGAUAUUGAAAAAGUAGAAGAAGGUCUAAAAAAUCUCCAGCCAUGGCCUAACCAGAUGGCUAUUUCCUGUGGUUCUAGAGCUCAUCUGGAGAAGGACUCAGUAGCAAAGCGCUCUUACUUUCGAACUCUCCUUAUGUACGGCUUCCACUUCCUUGUUUGGUUUCUCUGUGUCAAAGAGAUCAGGGACACACAGUGCGGAUUUAAACUUCUAACCAGAGAAGCUGCCUUGCGGACUUUCUCAACUCUUCAUAUAGAACGCUGGGCAUUUGAUGUGGAACUUCUUUAUAUAGCCCAGCGCUUGAAAAUACCUAUAGCAGAAGUUGCUGUCAACUGGACUGAAAUAGAAGGUUCUAAGUUAGUUCCCUUUUGGAGCUGGCUGCAGAUGGGCAGGGAUCUUCUUUUUAUACGACUGCGAUAUAUGACUGGUGCCUGGCAGCUUGAAAGAAGAAAAUGUAAUUAGGUUAUUUACAUUUUCCAAAUAUAUUAUUAUACUUAAUAGAACAUUAGAACAGUUUCAAUCAAGUGAAGUGGUGAUGAAAGCUGAGGUAAUUCUUCAUUGCUACUCUUGUAUGUUUCAUUUUUGCAGCACAUAUGUGUUUUGUAAGAUUGCCAGCAGGGAAUUUGUACAUUUUGAAAAGAGAAAGCAUUUCAAAAAAGAUUUUCUUACCUGGUAAUCAAGUUUUUAUUUUAUUAAAUAGUAGCUUUAACAUGUCUUAUAAAUGAAUUCAAAUAAAUAUAUCUGCUUUUGUCUCAUCACACUUCCAGAAAUUUCCAUAUACAUAUUAAAAAGAGGCACUCUAUUCUACAUUGUGGAGUGUUGUGUUGUGAAUGACCACAAACAUUUGUUCCUGUGAUAUCCGGAAAUUUUAGGCCAUAUUGCAAUUUGGAAUUAUCAUUCAUGGUUUGCACUAAUGCAUGUUUUAGAUUCAGUGUUAUGGGAAACAUUAAUGGAUUUUACUGAGUUAUAACAGUAAUGUUAUACUUUCAGUAGUCUAUUGACAUUCCAAAUGUUUUUGUCUGAAACUGAAAUAGUUUUCCUGAGAUAAAACUGCACAUCAUGUCCAGACUGUAGAAUGUCCAAGAGCAAGCACGUUUAGUUUUAAAAUGUUGUCUUUUAUAAAUGUGUUUUGUUCGUGUGUACUAAUUAUUCCUGCCUACUCAAGGUUAGGAGUCCUUAACAUAUACAGGUCUGAAGUGAAGAGGGUAUGGAAAGCUAGUUCAGAGCAUGCAAAAAUGAGACCCACUAUACACUGGGGGGGCUGUGCAUUAGCAAUGCCAAUCUGAUGAUGUCACACUUCAAAUGAGAUCAGAGAGGGAGGGACGGGUCUUGAGUCUUUCAUAGUAAUGUAAUACUGUGUUACAGUACAGUAACAUAGUUUCAUUUGUGCUUUUAAAAUAGUUGUGGAUUGCCAACAAACAACCAAUCUGUCUUUCAGAAACAUGUACAAAUUUGAACAGAUGUAAAGAAUGAAUGGUAUAUGGUUGUACUUUCACAUGUAAAUUCACUAGUGAUUUUUCUUAUUCUUUUUGUAAUAUUGACUUCAGUUUUGCUCCUGUUAGGGUUACCUCAGUUUUCUAUGAAGUGCUGGAAUAAAUUCUCAACAAAUACA